AUGGCAACCCAAGCACAGCAACCGCCCCACCUGCACCUGGCUGAGCUCACCGCGGCACAGUUCAUCGACAUCUGGAAACAUUUCGACGCAGACGGAAAUGGUUACAUUGAAGGGAAGGAGCUGGAAAACUUCUUCAAAGAGCUGGAGACUUCGAGGCGAGGAGCAAGCACGGUGAGUAGGAGUAUUGCAUUCAAGGAAAAGAUGAAGGAGUUCAUGGCCAAAUUUGACAAGAAUGCUGAUGGGAGAAUUGAGAUGACAGAGUUGGCUCAGCUUCUGCCCACAGAAGAAAACUUCCUGCUCUAUUUCAGAGAGUUUGUAGGAUCCAGCAGUGAGUUCAUGACUGCCUGGCGGAAGUAUGACACUGACCGCAGUGGAUACAUUGAGUCGAAUGAGCUGAAGGGUUUCCUGUCAGACCUGCUGAAGAAGGCAAACAGAAAGUAUGAUGAUAAGAAGCUCAAUGAGUACACACAGACGAUUCUAAGGAUGUUUGAUCUUAAUGGUGAUGGUAAGCUGGGCCUCUCAGAGAUGGCGAGGCUCUUGCCUGUCCAAGAAAAUUUCUUGCUGAAGUUCCAGGGCACCAGGCUCACAGUUAAAGAAUUCAACUCCCUCUUCAUCAUCUACGAUAAGGAUGGUAACGGCUAUAUCGAUGAGCAGGAGCUGGAUGCUUUGCUGAAUGACCUCUGUGACAAGAACAAAAUGGAUGUGGAUGCAGCAGGACUUGUGGGGUACAAGAAGAGCCUCAUGGCUCUGUCAGAUGGAGGGAAACUGUACCGCACUGAGCUGGAGAUUGUCCUCUGCCGGGAUUCCACGCUGUGACCUCCUUGCCUGGGACCUUGCAAUCCCCCGCACCCGCCUCCCCCUCUCCACUACUGCUUCUUCCUUCCUACCUCCUGAUGUAUCCUGGUGCAUGUA